CCAGAGGUGGAGCGGCCCGCGUUCCAUAGCCAUGUCGGCCCGAGUGCGUGUGGCCCCGAGGCAGUGCACGCGCUUCGCUUCAGGCCGGUUCCCCAGCGUGCGCGAUGUAAGCCAUGCCUCGCGGCCAGCGGAGGUCUCGGCUAGCUCCACUGCUGGUGACGAGCGCUCUCGGCCCGUUGCUGCUCGGCCCUCGCCGCGACGGUGGGGUGGCGGUUGCCCUGCCGGGCAAGGUGCCCGCGCGGCUGCGGCAUCGGCAGGCAGGUAGCCGUGGCGAGAGUCAGUCUGUCGCGGAUACUUCUCCGGGCCGCCAGGGUUUUGCGGGGGGGACCCUACGGCAGCGCGUCGUGCCGCGCUUGAACGCCUCCGAGAUCUCCCGGUCUGGGCUGGAAGAGCUGGUGAAGUGCGGCCCCGUGCUGCUGACCAACGCAAUCGAGGGCCUGGACACGAAGGCGUGGUGCAAGGACCUCAUGAGGGCGAUGCACCGCGAGCCGCUGGCAUACCAGCAGCAGCGGGCCGGCCCCUGGGACCUGCUCAUGCACGAGACCACGCUCCGAGGCUUCAUGCGUGAGGUGCUCCCUCGAAGCAGCCAUGAGGACCCCAGGUUCCUCUUUGACGAAGAUUUCCUCGCUCGGAAGCCAGCGCAGGCGGCGUGCCUGUCCGACCGACUCUCCCUCCCCAGGCGCUUGUUUGGGGAGAACUGGUUCGACCACUUCCCGGACCACCUCCGGCCCGCCCCGUGCUGCAUUGUCGGGGCCGGCAUCGGAGCCCGGUCCACGCUUCACAGAGAUCCUUUCGAAUGGACGGGUACUAGUGUUUGCCUCUGGGGAAGCAAGAUCUGGACAUUCCUGCCUCCGAGCUCGAACGUCUCCGCUGUGGACGCCUCUUUCGAGUCCUACCGCUUCCCCUACCAGUCCUACGGCAGCGACGGCGCCUCGCUGGCGGCGGGAUGGCAGGCGGACGUGGACCUCUACGCGGUGCGCGACAUGAGCCGCUGCCCGGGGCCCCGGGAGCUGGCAGAGGCGGCGCAAGGAGUGGGGCGCACGAAGGCUGCGGAGGCCACCGCUGCCGCGCUUCGGCGCUGGUGGGCGGCGCGCUCGUCGCUGGGCACGUCGGAGAAGCCACGCACUCCAGUGCCUCCUCUGCGCCCACGGGACUCGGCGAUCGCCAGAUUGCCAGACGUGGUGGUUCCCACUUGCGUUGUCCAGCGAAGAGGGGAUCUGUUGCUCAUCCCCGCGCACUGGUGGCACCAGACGUACGCUCCGGAGCCAUCUAUCGCUGUUGCUGGGCAGUUUCUCAACGAGGGCAACUGCCAAGCGGUGGCAAGGCAUGUCUGCCAAUGGCGCGGCGUCGCAGAUUUAGCUGAGAAGUGCCUGGCGGAGCACGAGCCGCGUCAGUGGGUGGACAGUUUCCUGCGUUCGGUGCUCCCACACGACGUGCUCAGCGGCUCAGCGGCCACGGGCGAGCUGGCGAACUCGGAUGAACAGUGGGAAGGCCUCGGCCUUGAGUUCAGCAUGGACGACCUCUAAUGUGCCCGCCCUCUUGAUCACAGCCCGCGCGAAGGUGAACACCAUUGGCUUGAAGUGCCUCUUCAUCUCUGGCGGCUUCGUGCGUGGCGUAUUUACCAAUGCCCCCAGACGGAGUGGAUACGACCAACUUGGCAGCUUUGCACACAGGAGUGCCUCCAGAAGCAUUAGGGCGGCUCGUACGGUUUCGCGGCUCGUUGGCGCUCUUCGGCAGCCGAAGCUAACACCUGGUGUGAUGGGUCCAUGUUCCACCACCACUGCCACAUGCAUGAGAGGGAGGAGGAGAAGGAGGAGGAGGACCUCCUCAUCCUCCCUUCUCCCCCGUCCUACAUACACGCCUUUACUUGCAAGUAGGUAUUUUUGGAUUCAAGCGCCUUCCUGCUUCAAGGGUCGGCUUGCUGGUGCUGUGUCUUGUGAUUCUCGCUGGGAGGGCCUGGACCCCAUCCACGACAUCCGCCUUCCUGCUUCCUGUUUUUGCCUACUUCUUCCGACCGACGUGUCUGGCAGCGGCGGUGGACAAUUGGCCCAUCCUGGUUGGGGGGACGCGCCGACGCUUUGUCCCGACGAAUUGUGUUUUGAACUCACGACGUCGAUUUGUCGCCCGCCGCUCGCUCGCACGACGCACGUUUGCUCGGUGCGCGCGGGGGCCGGUCAAUCCUUAGUGAAUGCUCUGUUGCCGAUGCGCCGUCCGGGCGCCUGGCUUCUCUGUCUGUCUGUCUGGUGGGGGGGAACGGAGCGACCUGCGCGGUGCUGGGAACCCGCGCCCGCGGCGCCACGGCGGGGGCCCGGGCCGCACGGUCUGCCGCGCUCCGCCCGGGCGCGACGGCAGCGCGGGCACGGGCCCGCCGGGAGCCGAAGGCUCCCGCGCGGCCUCUGGCGGGCUCCUCGGCCGCGCGCCGAGAGGGCCUCGGAGGCUCUGCAGGAACGAAUCAGGAGGGGAAAAAACACACAGACACAAUUAAUCGUCGACUCCCAGG